ACAUAUUUACAUAUUGCUAGCUAGACAAAUCAUAAACAACAUCACUAGGUGCCACAUGGGUUGUCCGGCUGGCCGCAGCUAAGUGCGGGCUGCAACACAACUUGCUGCCAAAUUUCGCCCGAGAAGGACAUGGCACUUGUCAUUUGUCAACUUUCCAACGGUAGAUGCCGGCAAACAGAUGCACUUCCUCCAUCUCCAUGAUAAAGUUAAAAUGGCCGGCUUUGCCUUCAAAUUUCCCUCCACUUCUCAGCCCCGGCGGUGGAUACGGGUAAGAAGAAACCAUGGCGACUUCCUCUCUUCCCUCUCUUCCCCCUCUUCUCCUUCGCAACUCUCACCCUCCUCCGCACAAGAAUUCCUGCUUCCUUAUCGCCCUCUCUAAACAACGCUUCUCGUUCUACACCAACCGCCACUCCCUCCGCUCUCUGUUCGCCCGAUGAUGCACUUCGCCGACGGACUCCUCCGCCGAGUCUGCCCCGGCGGGAGAUAGCAAUUGGAGGUCUCUCCGCAACUUCAUUUCUUCUCCCUCCUUCUCUCUCGCACGUUCUCUUUCUGGUUAUGACUGAGCACGACUUGUUUGUGUCUUUUUUUCGGCAGUAACUUCUGUAUCAUAGAAGGACCGGAGACGGUUCAGGAUUUCGUUCAGAUGCAGUUGCAGGACGUGAAGGAGAACAUCAAGAGCAGGCGCAACAAGAUUUUUCUCCUCGUGGAGGAGUUGCGGAGAUUGUGGAUACAGCAGAGGAUAAGGGGCCGGAGAAGAAAUAUCAAUAGAGCAGCUGUCCCGGACGACGAGUUGAGCAAGGAGAUGCUUGAAAUUCAAUCAACAAUCCCUUUUCUUCGUCAUGUGGUGAGAUGAGAUGAAUGACUAGGCUACGUUCUUAUUAAAGCUAAAUUACACAUUGGUCAUUCAAAUUAUAUAAAAUUUUCACUUUUCCCAUCUGAUUUACUUUUUUUACUUAUUUAUCACUAACUUUACGAAUCAUUACACUCCGUUAAAUUUGUCCUAUGCAACAGUCAACUAUUAAUUUUGACCGUUAACAAAAUGACCUGAAAAGUAAAAUAAAUUUAUUUUUCCACCUUAUGAUUUAUCAUAUUAAUUAAUUGUAAAAAUUAAUAAAGUAAUGACAAGGUGCUAUAAAAAGAGCAGUAAAAAAUUAACACACAAUCUUCUUGGAUUUCCCCCUAAAUAUAGAGAUAUUAAAAAAAAUUCUUAAACUACAACUUGUAAUUUUUUUUCCAAGAUACCUAAGUUUAGGUUGGUUCAGGAUCGAGUUAGAGAGCCACUAGUGGGAUCCAAGUCCCUCAGAGUCGAUCCACUGCGUUGAAAUUUCCAAUGAACUUAACUUUGUGCUCAGUUAUCCGAUUGUAGUGGUAAAAAAAUUUAUUCUGCAUAACUUUUCGAGCACUACAACUUUUUACGUAGAAAUAUUUUCGUAGUCCUUGAAAAAUUAUGCGUAGUAAAAAAUAGUUCACUACGAUCGGAUAAUCGAGCACAAAGUUAAGGUCAUUGGAAAUUUCAACAUAGUGGAUCGAGGCCAUCAAACUCGAUCCACUACCUCGGAAAGUGGAUCUAUGCUUUCUAACUCGAUCCCACUAGUUGUUCGAGGCUCUUGGACUCGAACCACCCUAAACCUAUGUGUUUUGGGGAAAAAAUUUACAAGUGUUGUAGUUUAGGAAUUAUUUUUAACUAUUGUUGUAUUUAGGAAAAACAUCCGUUCUUCUCCCUCCAUUCCGGCACAUCCUACUGUUGCUAUUACUGCUCUCCGGUGCCUCAUCCUCUUCCUUCCGGCCGACCAACCGGUUUCCGUCGCCAUUGUUGUAUCGUUGGCAAAUGUCGUUUCUUCUGCAGCAGUACUUAGUUUAGUGCAUCAGCGCCGCCGGGUCGUCCAACGACUGGUGAUGGUGGCGCUACUGGUCACUUUCACGGCGAGGACUUGUUUCAGAUUAGAACGGAGGACGCUGGUCAUCGCCUCGUUGCUAUGCUCCAAAUCUCGCUAGAUUUGGUUCUCGAUGCACAACGACUUCACUUUCUCUUAACACGCCUAAUUCAGUUUCCCGAUCUUGUCGAUCUCGACCUCUUUGGCCUUGAGCCGCUUCAGCAUUCCUUCCUCAAUCACUUGGAUUAUCCUCCUCACUUGCAUCUUCCUCUUGUCUUCCAAUUUCGCCCUAACUUUCUUCAUUUGUUAUAACCACACACAAAAUCCACAAUCAGUCACCAAUAAAAUCGAGAGAGAAAAAUCCAAAUCGAGUAACAUGGCGAGAAAUCAGGCGGUCGACGUCGAGUUGCUGCUGGAUCUAGAGGGAGACCCGUCGCGGCUCUUUGGUAUUGUUGUUCGGCUGAGGUUUCCUUCUUUGUUCAUACAUCUCCCUGCUGGAAAGCCAAGAAAAAAGAAAAAUUCAGGACGGAAAUCCACAUCGGAGAGUAGGGAAAUAAAUAACAAACCAAGUUCCCGAGAACGGGAACACGAACCGUCGUCGGCGAGUAGUUACUGGCUUGUGCCGAGGAGAUGGAGAGGGAAGACCGGAAGAGAUUGAGAUGCCUGACCUCGACCGCCAUAACAGAGAGUAUAUAUAUAUAUAUAUAUAGAGAGAGAGAGAGAGAGAGAGAUAGAUAGAUAGAUAGAUAGAUAGAUAGAUAGAUAGAUAGAGAAUCAAUGGGAGCAGAGGAGUUGCGGCAUAUGACUCCCUAAAUUUCGCUUUGUUUGCAAUGAAAGAUGAGAUGCAGUUAAUUAAUUUAUGAGCUCAAAUAUACCUCCAUACCACUAAAGCUACAAUCAUUGUGAUCUUUAGUUGUUCACUCACCUCUGCCAAUAUUUAUUUUGCUAAGAAAUUUAGAUAAAAAAAUUUUAAAUCU